UAGGAGUCGACAAAGACGAGAGGGCUAGGGUUUUUGAAUUGCUCUUCGGAUUCGCUAAAAUCUCAUCAAUCGCAAAAGGAAAACCAACGCUACACAUAUCGGAUCGAAGAUGUUUCCCGGUAUGUUCAUGCGCAAACCAGACAAAGAAGCUGCUCUGAAGCAGCUUCGUGUGCACGUUGCCAUGUUCGGGUCGUGGGUUGUCGCCAUUCGUGUUGCUCCUUAUGUUCUUCAUUACUUCUCCGGCAGCAAAGAUGAGCUCGUUCUUGAUUUCUAGUUCUGUUCUUCCAAUGAUAUCUUGAUUUUAGAGCUAUGUUGGGAUAUUGCUUUGUGGAAGAAGUGUGGUUUGAAAACAAAAUCUCAUCUGUUGAUUCAAUUUCUUGAGCUUAUGUUUAUGUUUUUGAAUCCAGGAAACUAGGAGAAUAGAUUUUAUAUAAUCCCUUUAUGGCACUACAUUUAUAUAAACUUGUCGUUGAAAGAUUUAA